AUGGCGGAAGCUGAGCCCCCCUCGGACCCGGAGCUAGAGAGUGAGCCUGGGACUUGGUCAGUGCUGGAGCAGCUAGGCCUGGCAGGAGCAGAUCUGGCAGCCCCAGGGGUCCAGCAGCGGCUGGAGCUGGAAGUGGAACGGCUCCGGCGGGAGAUCCGAAAGGAGCUAAAACUGAAAGAGGGGGCAGAAAAUCUUCGACGGGCAACCACUGACCUAGGCCGAAGCCUGGGACCAGUAGAGCUGCUGCUAAGGGGUUCUACCCGACGCCUGGACCUGCUGCACAGCCAACUGCAAGAGCUCCAUGGCCUUGUGGUGUUACAUGAGCCCAGCCAAGCCCAUGAUGGCCCCCAGUCCCCUAACUGCCCGGCUACUAGUCUGAGCCUGGUGGCUGGCUUGGAGAAGCAGCUGACCAUCGAACUCAAGGUCAAGCAAGGGGCAGAAAACAUGAUCCACACUUACAGCAAUGGCAACACCAAGGACCGGAAGCUUCUGCUCACAGCCCAGCAGAUGCUGCAGGACAGUAAGACCAAAAUUGACAUCAUCCGCAUGCAGAUUCGAAAGGCCUUACAGGCGGGGCAGCUGGAGAACCAGGGCUCAGAGGAGUCGCAUGGGGGCCCGGACCUGGGAGCGGUGGAGCUGCGCAUCGAGGAGUUAAGGCACCAUUUUCGAGUGGAGCACGCGGUGGCCGAGGGUGCGAAGAACGUGUUGCGUCUGCUCAGUGCUGCCAAAGCCCCGGACCGCAAGGCUGUGUCUGAGGCCCAGGCCAAGCUGACAGAGUCCAGCCAGAAGCUGGCGCUGCUUCGGGCAGCCUUGGAACUGCGCCUUGGGGAGCUGCCGGCGGAGCACCCCAAGGGGAGACUGCUGCUGGAGGAACUGGCGAUGGCUUCAUCUUCGACCUUCAGCACCCGCAUCGGCCCCUUCCCUGCCACGCACUACAGCACUCUCUGCAAACCCUCACCGCUUACAGGGACGCUGUCAGUUCGUGUGCUAGGCUGCAGUGGCCUUCCUGAGACUGUUCCUUGGAGUUCUCCCCCAACUUCAGGAAGCUCGAGCACCCCUGAAAGCCGACCUUUCCUGGGCCGCCCAGGCAGAGGCCUCUAUAGCAGAAGUGGCAGCCUCAGUGGCAGAGGCAGCAUCAAGACCGAGGAGCCAACCAAUGAAGUCAGUGCUGUGCUCAAGGUAGACAACACAGUGGUGGGCCAGACACCAUGGAAGCCUUGUGGCCCUAAUGCCUGGGACCAGAACUUCACCCUGGAACUGGAAAGGGCCCGAGAGCUUGAACUCUCUAUAUUCUGGAGGGACCAUCGUGGCUUGUGUGCGCUUAAGUUCCUGAAACUUGAGGAUUUUCUGGACAACCAGAGACAUCAGGUGCAAUUAGAGUUGGAGCCUCAAGGUUGUCUUCUGGCAGAGGUCAUCUUCCACAAUCCAGUCAUUGAACGGAUCCCACGACUCCAGAGGCAAAAAAAGGUGUUUUCCAAGCAGCAAGGGAAGGCUUUUCUUCGGGCCCGGCAAAUGAACAUUGACAUUGCCACAUGGGUGCGACUCCUCAGGCGGCUUCUUCCCAGCCCCAAUUCUACAGGCACUUUCAGCCCAGGGGCCACCACCGCUGAAGGCCGAACCUCAGGGGACAUUCCUGUGGAGAAGCUGAACCUGGACUCUGAUAGCUCCACCCAGAAAAGUCCCCUGGAUCUCCUCUCCAGCCCCUCCAGCCUUUCCAGCCCCUCCUCCCUGGACACCCCACAGCCCUCGGAAUCCAUGCCUGAUGACAGAGAGACCCCUGGACCCACCCCAAGCAGCCCCCUGAGGACAUCCCCCCUGAGCCUGAACGACUUCAAAUUCCUGGCGGUACUGGGCCGAGGCCACUUUGGGAAGGUGCUCCUGUCCGAGUAUCUGCCCAGCGGGGAGCUCUUUGCGGUCAAAGCCCUAAAGAAAGGGGACAUAGUGGCCCGGGACGAGGUGGAGAGCCUGAUGUGUGAGAAGCGCAUCCUGGCCGCGGUGACGGGCGCCGGCCAUCCCUUCUUGGUCAACCUGUUCGGCUGCUUCCAGACCCCCGAGCACGUGUGCUUCGUCAUGGAGUACGCGGCGGGCGGGGACCUGAUGCUGCACAUCCACAGCGAUGUCUUUACGGAACCCCGGGCUGUGUUCUACUCUGCUUGCGUGGUGCUGGGCCUGCAGUUUCUACACGACCACAAGAUUGUGUACAGGGACCUGAAGUUAGACAACUUGUUGCUGGACACUGAGGGCUACGUGAAGAUCGCAGAUUUCGGACUCUGCAAGGAGGGAAUGGGCUUUGGUGACAGAACCAGCACGUUCUGCGGGACCCCGGAGUUCCUGGCUCCCGAAGUGCUCACAGACACUUCUUAUACCAGGGCAGUGGACUGGUGGGGUCUGGGCGUGCUGCUCUAUGAGAUGCUGGUUGGGGAGUCCCCAUUUCCCGGAGAUGACGAAGAGGAGGUGUUUGACAGCAUUGUCAAUGAUGAGGUCCGAUACCCCCGCUUCCUCUCAACAGAAGCCAUUGGCAUCAUGCGCAGGCUACUUCGACGGAACCCUGAGAGACGUCUGGGCUCAGGGGAGCGGGAUGCUGAGGAUGUCAAGAAACAGCCAUUCUUCCGGACCCUGGGCUGGGAAGCAUUACUUGCCCGCCAGCUGCCACCACCCUUCAUUCCUGUGAUCAAGGGUCGGACAGACAUCAGUAACUUUGAUGAGGAGUUCACUGGAGAGGCCCCAGCUCUGACACCACCCAGGGAAGCUCGUCCCCUCUCAGCUGCUGAGCAAGAAGCAUUCAGGGACUUUGAUUAUGUCUCUAAAGGCUGCUAGCACUGCCUUUCCCCAACGGACAAUGAAUGGACUAAAUCCUUCUAUCCAUCCCAUUCUCUGCAGUUUGUAGUUUUUAAAAGGCCUUUGGGGUUUGCCCCAUCA